CGAGAAGUCUCCGCUCCAGUCUCUCUCAGCUGUACAUUGCGAACGACAACAGCAUGUCUCUGAGCAGGACCUCCAGCAUGCUCCGUCAGCGCCUCUUGCCGUCUCUACGUACCCGCGGAGGCUCCCAGACGUCUGGACACAGCCGGUGGACUUCCCCCGGCCACGAGGAGCGGCCCAAAGGGUACCUCUUCAACCGAACCCCGCCACCACCGGGAAAAUCGCGUGAGUGGGAGGACUGGGAACUGCCUUGCUACAUCGCCAGCUUCGGCACCAUUGUCAUUCUUGGUGUUGGACUGAACGCCAAGCCCGAUCUCACAAUCGAGACCUGGGCCCACAAGAAGGCCCUCGAGCGUCUUCAGAUGGAGGACGCUGCGGCUUCUACUGAAUCUGACUGAAUCGGCAUCUGGUAUGGCGCCUUUUACUUUGUGUUUUGUGGAUCAGCGAGGAUUGUGGAGCCUUUGUUGAUAUGUGAUGUAGAAUAAGGUUUUCAAAGGCGAAUCUUUGCCUCUCUUUGUUUUGACUGAUUUCUUUUCGUUUAAAAAAUAUUACAUAUUACAUAUUGCAUUUCAAUUCGAUGGUUAUAUCAGGGUUCCU